AUGGCCUCGUCAGCCUCCAAUGUUGUCGGUGUCCACUACCGUGUUGGCAAGAAGAUUGGUGAGGGCUCGUUUGGUGUCAUCUUUGAAGGCACGAACCUGCUCAACAACCAGCAGGUCGCUAUAAAAUUCGAACCUCGCAAGAGUGAUGCCCCUCAACUGCGAGAUGAGUACCGUACCUACAAGAUUCUUGUAGGAUACCCCGGUAUUCCCAAUGUCUACUAUUUUGGCCAGGAAGGACUGCAUAACAUUCUGGUCAUCGAUCUCCUCGGACCUUCGCUCGAAGAUCUAUUUGAUCACUGUGGCCGUCGCUUCACCAUAAAGACCGUCGUCAUGGUCGCUAAGCAGAUGCUCUCCCGCGUUCAGACGAUACACGAGCGUAACCUCAUCUACCGUGACAUCAAGCCCGACAACUUCAUCAUCGGUCGUCCUGGCACAAAGGCAGCCAACGUUAUUCACGUCAUUGACUUUGGCAUGGCCAAGCAGUACCGAGACCCAAAGACGAAGCAGCACAUUCCCUACCGCGAGCGCAAGUCCCUCUCCGGUACAGCUCGCUACAUGAGUAUCAACACUCAUUUGGGACGCGAGCAGUCGCGCCGAGAUGAUCUUGAGGCACUCGGCCACGUCUUCAUGUACUUCCUCCGCGGCGGCUUACCCUGGCAAGGCCUCAAGGCCGCUACCAAUAAGCAAAAGUACGAAAAGAUUGGGGAAAAGAAACAAACCACAGCCAUCAAGGACCUCUGUGAAGGGUUCCCUGAGGAGUUUAGCAAAUAUCUCACCUACGUCCGCAACCUCGGCUUUGAAGAUACCCCAGACUACGACUACCUGCGCGAGCUCUUCACCCAAGCUCUCAAGAAUGCUGGCGAGAUUGAGGACGGCGAGUAUGACUGGAUGAAGAUCAACAAGGAUUCGGGAAAAGGCUGGGACUCCAAGGGGCACAACUAUCACCACAAUCCAAACGUACGCCCCGGUCCCUCUCAAAUGGAACUUCACAGUGGCCAUCGGGGGAAUACCAACUCUCACCAGCAAGCACAGAAUCUUACCGUCGGGCGGCUAAACGCCGCCCAGCCACCUCCUCCCUCGCCGAUCAAGCAGAUGGGCAAACAGAGAGAUCGGCCAAGCGCCCAAGGGGUUUUAUCCGCCCAACGGGCUCCUGGGGGCCUGCGUGACCUCUCCACCCCGGCCGGCUCAACCCAAGCCCAGUUCCAGAACAGCGCCCAGAACCUGCCUCAGCAUAAGAUGACGCCCCAGAGCGGGAUCGGCCAACCUGGUCAGCUCAACGCUCAGGCUGCCCAGCAACCAAGCGGCUUUCAAAAGUUCAUCAAGUCCAUUUGUUGCGGCUAG